AUGAAUAUUUUUAAUAAACUAGAGAAGACAUAUUUUAUAAUACCAAAAAUGAUGCAAUUAAUAAUAAACCUACAGUAUUAUACAUUACAUCAGAUCAAGUUUCUCUUUGCAACUAAGUUCUUUGAAAUCUCUAUAGGAGAAUACGGAGAAUACAAUGCAUACAUAGUAUGUAUGACAUUUUUUACUAACGUAGUAUUUGGAUCUUAUUCUGAUAGAACAGGUAAGCAUAAGAAGAUGUUAAUGUUGUUAAUAUGCACAACUGUAGUGUUAUUCUGUGGGUUUUUUGUAAUUCCACCAUAUGCAUUGUAUUUCUGGGGAUUAAUGUUUGUAUACCAGGUAUUUAACAUGCCUAAACAACCAUUAAAUGACAAGUUAAUCCUUGAUUAUCUCAAAGAGUCAAUAGGAGGGACCUUAGAGGGUUAUGGUAAACAUAGAGCAUUUGGAACUGUAGCAUACUUAUUUGCUACAUAUUUAGCAGAAGCUUUAGUAAAGUCAUAUGAUAAAGGUAAAGAAGUAUUUCAUUGGCACAACUUAAUCUAUUAUACAGUCUUCUUUGCUAUUCUAUCUAAUCUGCUACUUUACUUUCUAAACAUACCAGAAUCACCUAAAUACAGAGGAAGAACAACAGGAUUUGUUGAAUUGUUAAAGAAUAAGGAAUACGCAUUUUUCUUAUUCAUUCUUUUUCUAAAUGCAGUUACAAGAAAUGCUAUGACUAGUUACUUCUCUAAUUUUUAUAUUUCUAUCAUACAAGUAAAACCAUAUGACAUACCAAAGAACACACCUUUAAUACUUAAAAAGGUAAUUUCGAUAUUUAAUAACAACUAUGUUUCAACAAUUACUAUGGCAGGAACAUUCUUUGAAAUAAUCACUAUGUAUUACUCUCAGUCAAUAAUUCGAAUGUUUGGUUACUUUAAACCUUUGUUAGUAGCUCAGUUAAUUUCUGUUCUUAGAGUUUAUCUUUAUUACAGAGUAGAUAAAAGAAUGAAACAUGGAUAUGCUUACACUUGUGCAGUAGAAUUAUUAAAAGGGUUUUACUUCGGAAUAACACAGAUAGCUGGAUUUGCAAUUGCGGUUAAGUUAACACCACCUAAUUUAAUGGCAACUUCUCAAAUGAUGUAUCAGGGUACUUUUUUGGCUUUGGGAGCUAUAGCAUCUGGAACUAUAUUUGGUAGAUUAUUUGAUGGACAUCUUAAAAACCCUGAAGCUAAAUUUGAUCAAAAAUUAGAAUCGUUUAAAAAUCUUUUUCUCUUAACAAUUUAUAUUUCAAUAGCAACAAUACUAAUUUACAUAGUUAAAUAUGGUUUUAUAGAUAAAAUAUUGUUUUCAAGGGAAAAGGAAGAAGAAAAACUGUCAAUUUAUCUUGAGAAUGUACCUGAUUCUAGUGAUAUAGAAAUUGACACCGAUGAUACUAUUAAUGAAAUUGAUGGUAUACAAAUUGAUAAAACUAUUACUGAAGAUAAUGAUAUAAUAAAGGCUUAA